AUUAAAGCCCAUCACCAAACUCUCACGUUCUCUCUUCACCCCUCCCUUCCAUAUUUAUUUGGCUAGCUUAAACCCCCUUAAACCCCAACUUCAAUUCUCACCUCCAUCCUCACGAACUAGUACUGGUCAAAAUUCAAGGGGCAAUGGCACUUACGUGCACCGCUGCUUCGUGGUUUUUGUUUCCUCUGUUUGUGGCACUGGCGGGUGGCACCGCCGGCGGGAGUAAAGUUCCGGCGGUCAUCGUUUUCGGAGACUCGUCGGUGGAUGCCGGGAACAACAACCAGAUUUCAACCGUUUUGAAGAGCAAUUUCAAGCCCUAUGGCAGGGAUUUCCCCGGCGGUCGGCCGACCGGGCGGUUCUCCAACGGUCGGAUCCCUUCCGACUUCAUCUCGCAGGCUUUUGGUCUCAAGCCGACGGUGCCGGCCUAUUUGGAUCCCGCCUACAACAUAUCAGAUUUCGCUACCGGAGUUUGCUUUGCCUCUGCCGGGAGUGGCUAUGACAAUGCUACUUCUGAUGUGCUCUCAGUGAUACCUCUAUGGAGGCAACUGCAGUACUACGAGGAGUAUCAGAAGAAACUGAGAGCCUAUCUCGGAAACGACAAGGCCAAUGAAAUAUUCGGCGACUCCUUGUAUCUGAUGAGCAUGGGGACAAACGACUUUCUGGAGAACUACUACUCAUUCUCCGGCCGGCAAUCCCAGCUCCCCGUCGGCCGGUACGAGGAUUUCCUGGCCGGAAUCGCCGGAAACUUCAUAAGGGAGCUUUACGUGCGUGGAGCACGGAAGGUGUCGCUGGGAGGGGUUCCUCCCAUGGGGUGCUUGCCGCUGGAGAGAAUCACCAACAUCAUGACCGGACGGCAGUGCGUGGACGAGUACAACAAGGUGACCGUGGAGUUUAACGGGAAGCUGAAGGGUUUAGUGGGGAAGCUGAACGGGGAGCUGCCUGGCAUGAAAGUGGUGCUGUCCAACACCUACGACAUUUUCAUGCAGAUCAUAAGGAAGCCCUCCUUAUAUGGUUUUGACGUGGUUGAAACAGCAUGUUGCGCAACUGGGAUGUUCGAGAUGGGUUAUAUGUGCGAUCGGUUGAAUCCCUUCACCUGCACAGAUGCAAGCAAAUAUGUGUUUUGGGAUUCUUUCCACCCUACGGAGAAGACAAGUCUUAUCAUCGCAAAUCAUCUUGUGAAGACUGCUUUGGCAUCCUUCUUACCAUGAUUGCCUAUUUUAUAUAUAUAUAUAUAUAUUAUCAUCAUUAUCAUCCAUGCAUGUCGAUUUGUAUCGAUGUAUACCAUUAUCCAAUUAUAUCUACUUAAUUACAAUAAAUAUAAAGAAGGGUUUCAUGAUUAGGUA